UGUUCUCGGAACUUCGGUGUUCUGGGCAAAAAAGUUUACACACGUAAUUCGCGCCUUCACUGGUAACUCCGACAAAUUUCGAUUUUAUGGAAUAAAUGCUUUCCAAUUCCUCCUUUGCGUCUUCACUCAAGGAUAUCAGUCACAUUUUCUUGCCAGCAACUGCUUAAUCUAUCACGAUGCAUGUUCCAAUUCUUCUGCCACUUCUGAUCUCUUCAGUAUCUGCUGGAGUUCUGAUUCAACGCCAAGCAGAAAGCGAUGCAGACGAAGCUUGCCAAUCAGUUCCUGAUGAUGUUUGUCUUCAUAUCGCGAAUAGCAUAAAUGGAAAUGUAUACUAUAAUCCUGGGGAAACGAAUUCGACCGACACAAAUUCGACUACCACGAAUCCAUACACCGAAGCCAUAACACAUUACAUGACCUCUUCGUCUCAAACACCAUUAUGUGUCGUCGAGGUUGUUAACGCCCAUGAUGUGUCGGUAGCCCUCCAAAUUAUUGGUGAGACAAAGACACCUUUCGCUGUCAAAUCUGCUGGAUAUACUUCAGUACCUGGAUUCUCAAGCACAACGGGUGUUCAUAUAUCGUUGCAAAAGAUGAAGCAAGUGAAAUUAUCGGAAGACAAAUCGACCGUUGAAGUUGGUCUAGGAAAUGGCUUCACGGAAGUUUAUAACGCUCUCAAUAAUUCAGGUGUCAAUGUCCUCGGAGGUCGAGCUGAUGGCCCUGGGACAGGAGGAGUUACUCUGUCCGGUGGUUACUCUUGGUAUACCAACCAAUACGGGCUUGUUUCCGAUACUGUGGUGUCGUAUGAGCUUGUUCUUUCAAGUGGAGAAAUCAAAACCGUCGAUGCGAGUCAACCGGAUCUAUUCUUUGCGUUGAAAGGUGGCCUGAACCGCUUCGGCAUAGUGACGAAGAUCGUCUACAAGACUGUCCCACUACCAGGCAAAAUUUAUGGUGGCGUUCAAUUCUUUGACAGGACCCAAGUACCAGGUCUCAUCAAUGCAACUAUGUCCUUCCACCUCAACAGCAAAGACCCCAAAGCUUCCGUAAUUCUCACCAUGGGCGGUGGAGCUCUCCCCGGCGCCAUCCUCCUCUCAUUCUACGACGGCGAGAGCCGACCAGCAGACUUCGAUGUCUUCAACGGUUUCAACGAAACAUUCGGUAAUCUGGCUACGCAAGAUUACACUUCCAUGAUAACAGGAACAUUGGCAUCACUCGGACAAGGUGCUCGUGGAACUUUCGCAUCAAUCUCCACUACGACACUCACCCACACUCUGCUCGCUGCUGUAGCCAACGAAACAGAUUACUGGAGUCAGUUCACAGAAGCACGUGAUGGUCUUCUUAUGCAGUACGAUAUUGAGCCCUUCCUGCCAUACGGACAACAUGCUACUGAUUCGGCGUAUCCUCAUGCGGACUCGCCACUUCCACUCAAUGCGUUUUUUCAAUGGGGUGAGGCAGAGAACGAUGCGUUUUGGAAUGAUGCGAUUCAGAAGAGUAUUGCUCAUUUGAAGGAGAUUGCAAGGGCGGAGGGUAUCUUGGUUGAGGGUAGUCAGUAUCCGGGAUAUGCUUAUGGGACUACGACGUGGGAUCAGUUGUAUGGUCAGAAGAAUGCGGAGAGGUUGAAGGCGAUUAGGUCGUUGUAUGAUCCGCAGGGUGUAAUGUUGUUGGCUGGUGGGUUUCCUAUCUCGUAAAGUGCGAAGUCCAGACAAUGGUGAAGCAGUUAGCGGAAGAGAGGGUGGGGGGUCUGGAUUAGCGGCAAGCAAGGGGAUCGAGUUGGGUAGUUCAAUGUAUACUUUGUAAUUCGGACAGAAUAUUCACUUCUUCAAUGAUCUUCAAAGCUAGAUAAGAAAGUCGACAUUUGUUGACUUUACAUAAAGGAUAUAGAGUUCACC